AUGGGUAGGAAAAGAGCGGUUGCAAUGCUGAAACAGAUCUACACAGAAGUACAUCCUGAGAUCGAUCCAUUCACACCGACUGUACGGCCACUAGUUGUUGAGAAGACUGGUGAUGGCACACCGGUGUCAUCUCGCUUUGCAAAGCCGAAAAAUCCACGAAAACGAGGCAAGCCGGUGACGGCAUCUAAAGAGGCUACAGCGACAGUUUCUGAGAAACCAUCAACAUCUGAGCCUCAGAGGUCAAGCGUAGAUGACAAUGACGAUGACGACUUUAUUGAUCUCGGAGACAAGACGUUGAAUGAUCCACGUGAAGAACCAAUAGAGGAGAGCAUGAUCGACGACACAGGAAUCUUGCCGAAGGACUUGGACGGUAUGACGGACGUGUUUCUAAAGUGGUUGCGCCAGCCGGAAAAUGACGACCUGUAUAAUCACCUACUGUCAUUGCAACCUGUACUAAUUGAUGAAUUACAACAACGUAUGUCACGAGCCGACAAGCAGUUUGCGUAA